GCGGCGGGCGGGGCCGGGCUGCGCCUGCGCGGUGCUGCCCGCUGGGGAAGAUGCCGUCGGUUUCGAAAGCGGUUUCGCGGGGCGGCGGGCCUGGGGGGUGCCCGCAGACUGAGCAGCCGACGCACUAUACGUAUCUAAAGGAAUUUAGGACAGAGCAGUGCCCCCUAUUUUUGCAGCACAAGUGUACCCAGCACAGACCAUUUACCUGUUUUCAUUGGCAUUUCCUAAAUCAGCGUCGUCGUAGACCUAUACGAAGGCGUGAUGGGACUUUUAACUACAGUCCAGAUGUUUAUUGUACAAAAUAUGAUGAGACUACAGGAAUCUGCCCAGAUGGAGAUGAAUGCCCUUACCUGCAUCGAACAACAGGGGAUACAGAAAGGAAGUAUCAUCUCAGAUAUUACAAGACUGGAAUAUGCAUUCAUGAAACAGAUGCCCGGGGUCACUGUGUGAAGAAUGGACUUCACUGUGCCUUUGCUCAUGGGCCCCAUGACCUUAGGCCACCAGUAUAUGAUACAAGAGAACUUCAGGCACAGGAAACUUUGCAGAAUGGACAGCUACGAUGCAGUGAAGGCAUUCCAGAUCUACAGCCAGGAGUUUUAGCAAGCCAAGCAAUGAUUGAGAAAAUCCUUAGUGAAGAUCCAAGAUGGCAGGACACAAACUUUGUAUUAGCUGGCUACAAGACGGAACAAUGUAUCAAGCCACCCAGACUCUGCCGCCAGGGUUAUGCAUGUCCUCACUAUCACAACAGUCGAGAUAGAAGACGAAAUCCUAGAAAAUUCAAAUACAGGUCCACUCCUUGCCCCAGUGUAAAAUAUGGAGAUGAAUGGGGUGAACCUUCAAGGUGUGAAAGUGGGGAUAGCUGUCAAUAUUGUCAUUCUCGUACAGAGCAGCAGUUCCAUCCUGAGAUUUAUAAAUCUACAAAGUGCAAUGACAUGCGCCAAACAGGUUACUGUCCACGUGGUCCAUUUUGUGCAUUUGCACAUGUCGAAAAGGACACCAUGAAUGUAGUCAUACUGCAAACUGGCUGUCAGUCAAAGCCAGGCGCUCACCUGUUUUCAGCAGACAGCAUAGGAAUUGCAAAUGAAUGGAGCAGCAGUCUUAACUCCACAAACAGCAUUACAAAUAACAGUGGGCAGUCUGGAAAUAUUUCGUGUUCUUCAAGUCCAACUGUAACAUCAAGUUCUGGUAGCAGUAGUUCUUUAUCACCCCUUGGACCCCUUUGUAGACAGAGGUCAAUAGCAAAUGGUGUUUUGUGUUCUGAAUCUAGCACAUCAGGUGUUUCUUCACCAACGUCUAGCUAUCCAAAAGCACCAGGCUUUGAACGAGAAGAUCAGGCAAAGCAGCGAAGCUUCCCCGCUGAGAGUCAGCAGAAAAUAAAUGAACAAGACAAAAAGCAGAACCAUCUCAGUGUUUUCUCAGUGGUUAACCCACUCACUUCAAGUAUAACUUCCAGUCUGGCCUCCAGUGUUGGAUCAGAUAGUUCAUCUCCUACAACUCUCUCUACUAUCAGUGCCAAAGCUCUCCCAUUCUAUCCUGGCAGUAAUACAGUUGAAUCAGUUAUAGGUUCUGCUUUAGAUUUACAUUUUAAUGACGUGAACGUCGCAUCCAUAGAUAGAGAAUUAGAAGAUCAAGAAAGCAGUGACCUUGGAUUAGCAAGUCAAAGAUUACUGGGAGGUUCAGCUCCUGUCAAUAUUCCAGGUUCUCUUGCUCGUUCCUCAUCUCUACAUUCAUCGUCGUCCCUUUCAACCUCUCCACUCAGUUCUCUUUCACAAUCGCUGUCUCAGUCUUUUGUUUCAGCCGCUAUUGCUCCUCACCAACAGCACCCUCAGCCUUUGAAGUCAGAACAUAGUAUGUUAGGCACCUCAGCCUCUUCGCAUAACUCUUUAGGUUUAAAUGGUGUUACAGAGAGCAUUUGGGACUUUGUAACAGGGAGUUUCUCUCCUAGUCCAUCCCCAGUACUGAGCAGUGGCACUACCCCCUCAAUAAGUUCAAGCACCAGUGGGAACGAACUAAUUCAAGUUAGACGGGAACUCGAUCAUGCCAAAAGAAAAAUAAAACAAUGGGAAGAUUCUUGGCAACGAGUAAAACAGGCAUGUGAUGCAUGGCAAAAAGAGGCUCAAGAAGCAAAAGAACGUGCUAAUGUGGCAGAUGCUGACAAACAACUUGCUCUUCAGAAGAAAGAGGAAGUGGAAAGUAAAUUAAAAAAGCUGAAGGAGCAAUUUGCUGCUUGUCUAUCUACUACAUUAUCUUAUAUGAAAAACUGUGGAGAUAUAGAAAAGGUAUCCUUACCAAAGCUGCGUUCCUUACAAAGUCGACUGCGCUUAGAUUUAGGAACAAUAGAUGAGGUGGUUUUUCAGCUUCGAUCAAAGAAGUGUGUUGUAUGUCAAGAAGGUGAUCGUAGCAUCAUCCUGCCUCCAUGUCAGCAUUAUGUACUUUGUGACAACUGUGCAGCUAAACAAGAAGAAUGUCCUUGUUGCAAGAAAAAAAAAAAUCAGUGGUGCAGCCAGCUUUGAACUUUUUAAAAGAGGAGCAUCGAUCACCAAGUUUAGCUGUAGGUACUAAUGUCUUUUUGCAUUUGUGCAGUAUAUGAAAACGUCUGAUUUUGGAACCUUAACAGCAUUUUGGACUAAAGCAAAAUUAAUUAUGUAAGAUUUUUAAACAGUAACCAAAUCAAAGAAUAAUGUGUAAUUAUAGUUUGAAAUUAUUUUACAUAUUUUCAAACAAGCAAUUGGUUUUGGAAACAAGUCUGCUAUAUUCAUCUACAGUUUGGAACAGCAUUCUGCAACCGCUGUGCUAACAAAAAUUUUUAGAAACAUCUUAGUGAAAACUUUUGCUUUGGUAUUUUAGAGGAAGCCGGCUUAGUCCACAUUGUGGCCAUAUGCAACAUUGUGACAUUUGUUACCUAAGAGAUAUGGAAGUAUGGUUUUGUGCUGUCUUGUCAAAGUUUAUAGUUCUUCAUUUGUAUUUUAGUGCAUCUGCCUAUGAUCCUAGGGCUAUUUCUUUUGUCUUUUUUUGUAGUAAUAGGGGAUUUUAUUUUCCUUAUCUCGUGACACCAAAAAAAGACAAUUUUUAACAGCACUUGCAGAGUGAAUAAUCAGAUUGACAUUCAUAUUUUAUAUGUGCUGCAUUUUUAGAGGAAAUCAACUAAUAAGUAUGUUUAGUCAGUUGCUUUUUAAACAGCUGUAUGUUUUGUAUUUUACAAUGAUGAAUCUUGAAAAUAAGGAUGUAAGUGUGUCCUAUUGUAUAUCAUUACUGAAAAUUUUGCAGGUGUUCCCUGUACGCUUCUCUUGCGCUGAAUUAACACAUUUAAAUCAAACUAUUUGGUCAAGAAGGAAAAAACACAGACCAAAGAAAUGUACCUGUGAGUGAAAUUCUCAGACUGGGUAGCUUGUUACAAUUACAGAUGGAACCUUUGGAAAUCAUGUGAACCAUAUGUAGUAUUCACAUGAAAAUACUAUAGUUCUUCACAAAAUCCUUUUUAGGAGGAAUUAUUAGCAAAGCUUCCUGUAUCUUAUUAAAACAAGUCAACAGCAAAUAUAUUAAUAUGUAUCUUUAAUUUUAAAAUAGAGGAUAAUAAAAUAUAUGCAGCUGACUAGAGAUGACUAUUUGGAAGAAGACAGAAGGGAAACGUGACCUUUAUAAGUAUUUGUCCUUCUGUUAUAUACACUAUCUAGAAACUAGAUACACUAAAAAUAUAUUUUAGCGAGAAUACAGUGUGGUAAUUUGUCAGAUUUGCAAAAUAUAUAAAACCAAAAUAAGUAGAUUUUCAAGGUUCAUUCUGGUAUUUGACAAAGUUUCAUGUUAAUUUAUGUAAGAAUGUAAUUUUUAAUGUGAAUGCCAUUAUGCUGUCAUAAUUGUUUUAGCCUGAGGAAUAAUAGAUUAAAAUUGUGAUUUCUCAGGGUUUUUACAGUUACGAGCUGUAACCGAAAGCUAAUUUCAGACAGAUCCCAAGCUGCAUGUUAUAGGCUUAUUAUUACUCUUCUUUGAAUAGCGGAUUAUUAAAGACACAUUUGUUCUGUUACAUAUUGCCAUUCAGAGUAUCCUAGUAUUAAAUAUAAGUAGUAAUAUUAUUACUGUCAAAAUAUAUUUGUGUAACUGUGGUCAGCAUCAGACCUUAAAUAAAUAUUGAAUUUUUACUCAUAUUAAUUUAUGGAAGCCAUUAAUGUUUUGAGUGCACAGAGAGAGAUGAUUUUGUGAAUGGAAUUGUUCUUAAUACAAAACGUAUUAUUUAUAAUGCAUACUCAUUUACUUGUAGUGAACUGUUUAAAAUUGUUAACACUUGUUAAAACUUUUUUACACUAGAGCAUUUAUGCAAUGAUUUACAGAAGUCAUGGAAUUAUUUUUAUUAUCAACAUGCAAAUAAAAUUUUGAUCUUUA